UAAAUAAAAAAAUUUAUACGUUAUAAAUUAAAGAAAAAAACACUAUAUUUUUCUCUUUCUUUUUCCGUUCUCUAUCUCUCAUUUAUCCAUUUCGGAGUUCGCCGACAACCGCCAUAUCUGAGCAGUUCGAAAGCUUUGAAAUCUCUGCUGCUUUCUACACACAGCUUCAUGAUCCAAGUUUAAGUACUUCUUGAGAUCUACCUCCAAAAUCAAUGUUCGUGCAAGUGGGAAAAUUUCCAUUGAUAAUAGUACCCUGGGAAACUUGUAGGUUUGAGAGUCUCUAUCACUUAAGAAGUGCAAAGCCGUUGUUUGAUCUACUUUACUCAACCUUUUGAGUUCCAGAGAAGCAGGGUGCAGAAUUUAUCCCGCAACAAGCUUUACAGGAAGUCCUUUCUUGGUGUUUAAAAUUUAAUUUGAAAUGUCAGAAGUGGAUAUGGCAGUCAUUAAACCUGAGAUGAUGAAGUCAUACAUUUGGCUUCAAACUGCUGAUGGCUCAAUCCAACAAGUGGAACAGGAGGUUGCAAUGUUUUGUCCCAUGAUAUGUCAUGAAGUGAUACAAAAGGGCAUGGGAUCCUCCAAGAAUUAUGCUAUAUCUCUUCCGCAGCGAGUCAAUCCUGCCAUGUUAAGCCUAAUUCUUGAUUAUUGUCGGUUUCAUCAAGUGCCUGGUCGCUCUAACAAAGAACGCAAGUCUUUUGACGAAAAGUUUAUCCGAAUGGACACAAAGAGGCUUUGUGAGUUGACAUCUGCUGCUGAUAGCCUUCAGUUAAAACCUCUAGUUGAUCUUACUAGUCGUGCCCUUGCACGAAUUAUUGAGGGAAAAAGUCCUGAGGAGAUACGGGAGAUAUUUCAUUUGCCUGAUGAUCUUACUGAGGAAGAAAAGUUGGAGCCUCUGAAGAACACAACUGAUGACCCACGCAUUCGACUGUUGAAUAGAUUGUAUGCAAAAAAGAGGAAGGAACUAAAGGAGAGGCAGAAACUAAAGAACAUUGAGGUUGAAGAAGAGCGUGUUGAUGAUCGUUCAGUUGAUGAUCUCUUGUCAUUUAUUAAUGGAGACAAUGGAGAUUCUAAAGGAAUAAAAAAUUCAAAGAGUAAAAAGAAGAACCGAAGAAGAAAAGAUCAGCAGAAGAACACAUCUGCCAAUGAAGCCAUUAAAAACCAUAAUAAGGAACCAAAUGGUCUUAACCAAGUGUGCCAUAGUGCCGAAGUUGGUCAGAAAGUUCGGGCUGGUGUUGGUGCUACCUCAAACUUACAUGAUGUCAAAGAUGAUAUUUUUGACAAUAAGAAUGAGCUUGAUGAUGGUGAUAUUGAUGACGAGAUUGAUCCGGCAUUGAAAGAAAAAAUAGACAGGUAUUGUUCAUAUGAAUUGAGGAAAAGUAGUAAGCUGACUGUAUCCAAUGAAGUAACAAUGGAGGUGGAAGAUUUUGCCCGUAGAUUGAAUUCAGAUUGGCCAGAAAGAAUGCAAGAAAUUCUAUCUUUUGGUCAUGAAAGGAAACCGGUGCAUUUUUCUCUUAAUGGAAAUGGUUCACUAAGGAGAUAUGCAAAUUCUGAGCAAAGAUGAUGAGCACUUCCUUCGUUCGGCUCACAGCGUGAACAAUUUUUGAUAAGAGGCUUUUCAGGUGGUUGAAAGAUGACACCUAUAAGGGUUGGGACUUGGGAUCCUUGGCAUUGUGGAUCCUUUGUAAGUUUUCAAAUUUCUUUUAAUUUUUUUUUUUGUUGUGCUUAGUAUGCAAUUUUGAUUGUGAGGGCAACCUCUUUGUAUUUUCAUAAUAGAAAGAAAUAAGAAGGGAACUGUGUUUUGUUGAACCAGUUCUGGUCAUAUCAAUUACUCUUCUCUUGCAACAAAAAACCAAAAGAAAGUAGCUUAUCUUUUGUGUGUUAGAA